CUUUUAAUCUCACGUGACUAACACGGAAGUCAAAGGCGUGCAGCUCUUGUCAGCGGUCUACAGUAGGGUUUAGUAUUAAGUGUUGGCUUAGAAUCGUUAUUUUCUGUUGAGCUGGGUUAUUACAUUUAGAUGUUAUGUGCCCAAAAGUGCUCGAUGAACAGGCUAAAGCAGCAUGCUAAAGGAGAGCUAUCAAAACUUAUUCCUGCGACAUAAUGGCGCUUGUUCCAGCGAACCAGCCGCAGCUGAUCCGCUCCUCUCAAAAGGACGAAUAUUAUCAAACGAGUCUAAGAAAUAAUGCGAAUGACGCUUUCCAGUCGCUCGCUGGAUCAAGACGAUGGUUGCAGUGGAGGAAAGAAGUGGAGCUGCUCUCAGAUCUCGCAUAUUAUGCCCUAACUACACUCUCAGGAUAUCAGACAUUAGGUGAAGAGUAUGUCAGCAUUAUCCAGGUGGAUCCCACAAAACGCAGGAUUCCUUCUCGGAUGCGCAGGCUGGCUUUUGUUCUGUUUCACACCUUCGCACCAUAUGUCCUGGACAAACUCCUGGUCUGUAUUGAACAUGAGCUGGAGGUGGAUGAGUGGAAUUCCCCGAACACCCAGCAAAACUCUGGGUUAACCUGGAACCCCAUGUUGUACGUAAAGGCAUGGGUCCAGAGGGUGCUGAGGAGGCUGAAUAGAGAGCAGAGGAAAUCCUUAAAGCCUGUGGUGGUUGCCGUGCAGCAGGGAAUCGCUGUCUUGCACAGGGUGCAUGUGGCUCUGUUCUACAUCAGUGGUGCUUUUUAUCAUCUAGCCAAAAGAACAUCGGGCAUCAGCUAUCUCAGAGUGCAGGGGAUGCCUGGGGAUGAUAAAGGCAUUCGGACCAGCUACAGGCUUCUAGGGUGUGUGUCCCUGUUGCAACUGGCCAUCACACUUGCUCUGCAGUUUAACAACCUGAGACAGAAGCAGCGUGCCAGACACGAGUGGACACAGCACAGGAAGCUUCCCGUAAGUCCACAGCAGUCGUCGUCCUCUCGAUCGUCCUCUCGGUUGUCUCGCUGUAUCCUGUGCUUAGAGGAGAGACGGCACUCCACAACCACCCCAUGUGGGCAUCUGUUCUGCUGGGAGUGCAUCACAGAGUGGUGUAACACCAAGACGGAGUGUCCGCUGUGUCGAGAGAAAUUUCAGCCUCAUCGCCUGGUUUUUCUGAGAAGUUACAGAUAACGUCAACUAAGCCCUCAUUCCAAUACUACUUUUACACACCCUCAUGCACAGUUCAGAAGUGCGUGUUUAUAUGUGAAAACGUUCGUCAGGAUAAAGCUAUAAAAAAUUCUGCUAUAACCCUGCCGCACAGACCCUUGACAGGUAUAACCAUACAGCAAAAGCAGAUUUGUGUCCUGUUUCUUUUGAAUUGUGUAAAUAAUCCUAUGGGUUUGAUUAUUGACUAAUCUGCGAAUUAGCUAGCUAUGUAGUUAUGUACAGUGCCCUCCACAAUUAUUGGCACCCCUGUUUAAGAUGUGGUCGUGGACUUCAAAAAAUUCUCCUUUUUUUUUU